AUGUCUGUCUCCAAGAUUGCCGGUAUCCUCCUCGGAUCGGCCGCCAUGGUCGCCGGUCACGGUUAUGUCACCGGGGCUGUCGUUGACGGUCAAUACUACAACGGCUACCGCGCCGACUCUUACGGCUACAUGGCCGACCCCCCCAAGGUCAUUGGCUGGACCACCAGCGUCCGUGACAACGGCUUCGUCGACGGCUCCAGCUACUCGUCUCCCGACAUCAUCUGCCACCGCGAUGCUACCCCUGGCGGUAUCUCCGCCCCCAUCAAGGCCGGUGGUAAGGUCGAGCUCCAGUGGACUGAGUGGCCCGAGAGCCACAAGGGUCCCGUCAUCAACUACCUCGCCAAGUGCGAUGGUGACUGCUCAUCCGCCGACAAGGCCAGCCUCAAGUGGUUCAAGAUCGAGGCCGAGGGUCUCCUCGAGGGCAACAAGUGGGCCUCGGACGCACUCAUUGCCAACAACAACAGUGCCUCUGUGACCAUCCCCACCUCCAUUGCGCCUGGCAACUACGUUCUCCGUCACGAGAUCAUUGCUCUGCACUCUGCCAACAACAAGGAUGGCGCCCAGAACUACCCCCAGUGCUUCAACCUGAAGGUCACUGGUGGUGGCAGCGACUCCCCCGCCGGUGUCGCCGGUACCUCCCUGUACAAGGACACCGACCCCGGUAUCCUCGUCAACAUCUACUCCAACCUGAAGAGCUACGUGAUCCCCGGUCCCGCUGUCUACUCUGCCGGCUCCUCUUCUUCGUCCUCUGGCUCCGACUCCGCCGCCCCGGCGACCACUGCCACUCCCUCUGCCACUUCCGUUAGUUCUUCCCCAAGCUCCAGCUCCAUCGUGAGCCCUUCCCAGACCCCCGUCCAGCCCAAGUCUACUCGCCUACCCCGCCCUUCGCCAAGCGGACGCCCAAAGAAGCACUGCAAGCCCAAGAACAAGAAGAAGAUCGCCACGACGACCGCUUCUGCUGUUCCUUCCGCUGCUACUGCCACUACCACCACCAUUGUCGGACAAGCCACCGCUACCAUUCCAGCGCAAGUUACUGACUCGAUUCCUGCACAGACUCCUAGCGCCGAUGACUCCGUCACCGUCACCGCCAGCGCUGGAGGCCAAUCCGCUGCCAGCGCUACCUCCGUCCCCAGCAGCAACUCUGGCUCUUCCUCGGGCUCUUCCUCCUCGGGCUCUUCCUCCUCGGGCUCUUCUUCCUCGGGCUCUGCUCCCUCCUCUUCCGGCUCCAGCUCCUACAACUCCAACGACUGGUCCUCCUACCUCAGCUCCCUGAGCGCCGAGCAGGCCCUGAGCGUUGUCCGUGACACCCUCAAGUGGCUCGUCAGUGACCAGAAGGUUCACGCCCGUGACCUUCGCGUUUAA